AUGGCGAAGUGCUGCCUGCUGCUGCUCUUCCUGGCGUUCCUCCUGCCGGCGGCGAGCAGCGAGACACCGUGCCACCCCGAUGACCUCGACGCGCUGCGGGCCUUCGUCGGGAACCUCAGCGACGGGGGCGUCCUCCUCCGCGCCGCGUGGUCCGGCGCCUCGUGCUGCCGCUGGGAAGGAGUAGGCUGCGACGCCGCAAGCGGCCGCGUCACGGCGCUGUGGCUCCCCGAGCGCGGCCUUGCGGGGCUCAUCCCAGGAGCAUCCUUGGCGGAACUCGCGCAGCUCGAGGAGCUCUUCCUCGACUCCAACUCUUUCGUGGGAGCUGUCCCCAACGCACUCUUCGGCCUCGCGAGGCUACGUAAGCUCUCCCUCGCAUCCAACGAGCUCGACGGCGAGCUGAGCCCACGCGUCCGUGAGCUCAGACACCUCGCCUUGUUGGAUUUGUCCGGCAACCGCUUUUCCGGCAGCCUCCCGGACGUGUUCACCGACCUCACCUCGCUGGAGCAUUUCGCCGCGCACUCCAACGGUUUCUCGGGGCCAUUGCCACCUUCCCUCUCAUCACUGUCAUCUCUCCGUGAGCUCAACCUCCGCAACAACAGGCUGGUCGGCACCAUCCCGUCCUGGAUCGGCGAGCUUGACCACCUUUCCUUCUUGGACCUCUCCCAUAAUUCCUUGGUUGGCGAGGUACCCAAGAGUUUGCAGAUACGACUCGAGGGCCUCUCCACCGCCCCUUUCACUAACAUGCCAUUGUUCCGAAGAACACUCGACGAAGAACCAAACACAAUAACCGGCACCAACAACACCGUCGUGUCCGGAAACACCAACGUUCUCUCCGGGAACGACAACGUUGUCAUGUGCGGGAGCAACAACACCAUGUCCGGGAGCAACAACACCGUCGUGAGAGGGUGCGACAAUGUCGUGGCCGGGAGCAACCAGGUCGUACGUGGGAGCAACCAUGUCGUCUCCGAGAACAACAAUAUCGUCUCCGGGGACGACAACAAUGUGUCCGGGAGCUUCUGUACCGUGUCCGGGAACCACAAUACGGUAUCUGGGAGCAACAAUACCGUCUCUGGGAGCUACCAUACCGUAUCUGGGAGCAACAAGGUCGUCACAGGGGGCUGA